CAAACGCCAACGCGUCCCUUCCACAACCACCCCUCCCUCGUCAUACCAGACACCCCCCACAAUCAUUUUCAAAAUGCGCUCUUUCAUCACCCUUGCCAUCCUCUACGCCGGCUUCGUCGCCGCCCUUCCCGUCCCCCAGCUCGGUCAGGUUACCGACGUCGCUUCCCAGGUUGAGCAGGAAGUCGACGAGCUCGUCGCCGGCCUUGGCCUCGGCCUCCGUGCCGACCCCGUCUCCGCCGCUGCCUCUGAGGUCGAGCAGACCCUCAGCGGUCUCACCAGCAAGCUCAACCUCCCCGGUGCCUCCGAGGUCACCAGCGUCGUCAGCGCCACAGAGGGCGAGGUCGAGAGCGCCCUCAAGCAGCUCGGCCUCCGCUCCGACGCCGUCACUGACGCGUUCACCGAGAUCGACCAGACCAUCAACGGUCUCGGUUCCCAGCUCGGCCUCCCCAACGACCCCGCUGUCGGCCAGGUCAUCUCCGAGAUUGAAAGCACCGUCGAGGGCGCCGCCGGCAAACUCAACGUCCGUGACGCCGUCUCCGACGCCUUCACCGAGGUCGACCAGACCAUCAACGGCCUUGCCUCCCAGCUCGGUCUCCCCAAUGACCCCGCUGUCGGCCAGGUCAUCUCCGAGGUCGAGAGCACCGUUGAGGGCCUCACCUCCAAGCUCAACGUCCGUGACGGCAGCGUCGUGACUGACCUCAUCAACGACGUCAACGAGACCGUCGACGGCCUCACCAAGCAGCUCGGCCUCGACAUCCCCGAUAACAACGAGGUUGGCAAGGUCCUCUCCGAGGUUGAGGGUGCCGUUGAGGGCGCUGCCAGCUCCCUUGGUCUCCGUGCUGACCCCGUCUCGGCCGCCGUCACUGAGGUCAACUCGACCCUUGACGGCCUUACUUCCAAGCUCAACAUCCCCGACAACAACGAAGUCGGCCAGGUCAUCUCUGAGGUCGAGAGCACCGUCGAGGGCGCUGCCAAGCAGCUCGGUCUCUAAGCGCUUCCUCCCCUUGCUCUCCCUUCAUAUCCCACCCUCCCUUCCCCCUCAUUCACCCGCUGGUCGCCGAGAUAUACCCUGGAUAUGAAACGACCACAUGACAUAGACGACGGUACUGUACAUGGUCCGCGCUAGGAUUUGUUGUAGUCGCAUCAUCGAUAUAUCAGCGUAUUUGCUUUCGUCCGCAUUCAUUCAUAUUAUUAUUGCACCGCAUCGUCUAUCUGUAGCAAUUUGAGUCGACGCGUAACGAGGGUCGCU